GGGCGGGAGGCGCGGCGGCUGGACUGGCGGGCGGUCGCCUCGCAGGUGCACCUCGGGCUUUGUAGGUGCGAGCGUCUUUGUGCGGCGGACAAAUGGGGAGAGGACGAGGAGGUGGGCACUCGAGCGACGUAAGAUCCACAUCAGCUCAACUGCACUCGUCUCGCAGAGGCCACCCGCUCACUUCCCGCGGAGGCGCUCCCGGGCGCCGCGCUCCGCGGCCGCCGCCUGCCCCCGCCCGCCGCGCCGCCUCCGCCGCGCACGCCGCGCCCCGCAGCGCCUGGCUUCCUCCUUGCUAGGGUGGCGUUGGGCUGGCGCGGGCGUUCGGGUGACUGCAGCUGCUCGGCUCUCCGCCCCCCGCCCUGCGCCGCGCGGCUGCCCCGUCGCUUCGCACAGGGCUGGAUGGUUGCAUCGGGCAGGGUGGCUCCAGGAUGUUAGGGACUGUGAAGAUGGAAGGGCAUGAGAGCAGCGACUGGAACAGCUACUACGCGGACACACAGGAGGCCUACUCCUCGGUCCCCGUCAGCAACAUGAACUCGGGCCUGGGCUCUAUGAACUCCAUGAACACCUACAUGACCAUGAACACCAUGACCACCAGCGGCAACAUGACCCCAGCUUCGUUCAACAUGUCCUACGCAAACCCGGGCCUGGGCGCCGGCCUGAGUCCGGGCGCGGUGGCUGGCAUGCCAGGAGGCUCCGCGGGCGCCAUGAACAGCAUGACGGCUGCGGGCGUGACGGCCAUGGGGACAACGCUGAGCCCCGGCGGCAUGGGCGCCAUGGGCGCGCAGCCCGCGGCCUCCAUGAACGGCCUGAGCCCCUACGCCGCUGCCAUGAACCCGUGCAUGAGCCCCAUGGCGUACGCGCCGUCCAACCUGGGCCGCAGCCGAGCGAGUGGCGGCGGCGACGCCAAGACUUUCAAGCGCAGCUACCCGCACGCCAAGCCGCCCUACUCGUACAUCUCGCUCAUCACCAUGGCCAUCCAGCAGGCGCCCAGCAAGAUGCUCACGCUAAGCGAGAUCUACCAGUGGAUCAUGGACCUCUUCCCUUAUUACCGGCAGAACCAGCAACGUUGGCAGAACUCCAUCCGGCACUCGCUGUCCUUCAACGACUGCUUCGUCAAAGUGGCGCGAUCCCCGGACAAGCCAGGCAAAGGCUCCUACUGGACGCUGCACCCGGACUCCGGCAACAUGUUUGAGAACGGUUGUUACUUGCGCCGACAGAAGCGCUUCAAGUGUGAGAAGCAGCCAGGGGCCGGGGGCGGAAGCGGGAGCGGAGGCGGCGGCGGCGGCGGCGGCGGCGGCGGCGGCGCCAAGGGCGGCCCGGAGAGCCGCAAGGACCCCUCGAGCGCCGCCAACCCCAGUGCCAAUUCUCCCCUUCAUCGGGGCGUGCACGGUAAGGCGGGCCAGCUAGAGGGCGCGCCGGCCCCCGGGCCGGCUGCCAGCCCCCAGACUCUGGACCACAGCGGGGCGACAGCGACAGGGGGCGCCUCGGAGUUGAAGACUCCAGCCUCCUCGGCGGCGCCCCCGAUCAGCUCUGGGCCAGGGGCACUGGUUUCUGUGCCACCCUCCCACCCGGCGCAUGGCCUGGCACCCCACGAGUCCCAGCUGCACCUGAAAGGGGACCCCCACUACUCCUUCAACCACCCCUUUUCCAUCAACAACCUCAUGUCCUCCUCGGAGCAGCAGCACAAGCUGGACUUCAAGGCGUACGAGCAGGCACUACAGUACUCGCCCUAUGGCGCUGCGUUGCCCGCCAGCCUGCCGCUCGGCAGCGCCUCGGUGGCCACCAGGAGCCCCAUCGAGCCCUCAGCCCUGGAACCAGCGUACUACCAAGGUGUGUAUUCCAGACCCGUCCUAAACACUUCCUAGCUCCCUGGGACUGGGGGUUUGUCUGGCAUGGCCAUGCUGGUAGCAAGAGAGAGAGACACACAGAGAGAAAAUCAACAGCAAACCAAACCACACAUAUCGAGCCGACAACAGCAUAAUAAAAUCCCAACUAUUUUUAUUUCAUUUUUUUGUGUGUGUGUGCACAAUCUUUUCCCCAGUGCAAAGGACUGUUACUUUGUUAUUGUAUUCAAAAUGCCUUGUGUAUAUUAUUACAAAGAAAACCCAUCCCAAACCAACAAAAAAAAAUUUUUCCUGCCAAGUUUAACGAUCCACAAAUGUAUAUAUAAAAUCUUCCUAUUUCCUUAUUCCUGUCCCUUCCCUCUUUCCCCUCCAGACACAUUCCAGUCUGUGCAGGGUUUAUUUAAAAAAAGAAGAAGAAGAAGAAGAAAGAUGGUCAAACUUGUAAAAUAUUUGUUUGUGCUUCCCCCCCUUCCACCACCUGACCUCUCCACAAGUUUACAGGUCUAUGGCAAUACUCUUAACCAUAAGAACUGAAAGAGUGAAGAAACAAGUAGACACUAGGGACUAUUAAAAGUAUUUGAAGGACAAUACUGCUGUUAUGCAGCAAAACAUAAACUGAUUAUAAACAUCAGAGCCAUUUGUUAUUCAGCUUACAUUUCUGAUACAUUCAGAUAUGGAAUACGUAUAUAUUAUGUACGAACUUAUUUAUGCACAUGCUCAGAUAUGUAGACAUCCUCCAUAUAUUUGCAUAACAUAUAGAAGUAAUACGUAGGUGUUAUACAUGCUACAUUUUCAAGAGUUGCCUGACCAAGAAGUUACAAAGACAUCCCUCUCCCUUGUCCUCUCUACCCACAUAUAGCCCUGGGAAUCAAUUCCUCAAGAAUUGCAAUCCUCAAUAACUCUGCUCCUUGCUUUGCAGAGUGCCAUUGUCAUGUCAUUCUGAGGUCACAGAACAUGUAUAAAAUUAGCUUCUCUGUAUCUAUACCAUUUAAAUAAUAUUUUUUUUCCAGGAAAAAGGGAAUAUUACAAUGUUGGAGGAGAGAUAAGAUAUAGGGAGUGGUAUUUCAAAAUUUGGUCCAAGAUCCCAAAAUCCAAUUGAUUGUGGCCAUUUUAAUUAUUGCCAUCAUGUGCUUGUUUCAUUCAGUGUUAAUGCACUUUUCACAGCUGGACAUGGUGUUAGUAUAGCCAGACGGGUUUCAUUCUUCUUCUUUGCUUUCUCAAUGUUAAUUUAUUGCAUGGUUUAUUCCUUUUUUUUUUCUUUAUAGUUGAAAUUACUUUAAAUGAUGGUUAAAAUUACAAAUUAAAAAUGUUAAUUUUAUCAAUGUGAUUGUAAUUAAAAUAUUUUGAUUUAAAUAACAAAAAUGAUAAAUUUUAAGCCGUGGAAUAUGUUCUUGAUCAUUUGCAGUUAAGGACUUUAAAUAAAUCAAAUGUUAACAAAAAAAAGUAUUUCUGUUAUUUUCCUUAAUUAAGUCCAAAAUAGGAAUUCUGAUUAUGAUAUUUUGCAAAGUCCGGCACUGAAUAUAAAUGGCAAAAAGGAAAAUGAUCUAAAACAAAAUUGUUUUGUUUAUGUUUAUUACAUGAACUUGAGGCUAGUAAAAAGCAGUUACAGUAAUGUAAUAAAAGUGGGUAGAUAAAUUGAUGUGAUAUCCCAAGAAUUGAGAUUUUUAAGAUUGUUUAUUCCCGGUAAUGUUUACUUCAGUUUUUGAGAUGAGCUUAAGCCUUCUAUGCUUCCUUUGAGCCUGUCCACAAUGAAAUCAAAUUCAUUAAUAUACGGUGCCCCCUUCCUCAAUGUAUAAUUUUCCCUUAUCUGAGAAGUAUUCUAGGAGAAUAAAAUAUCAUAUGUGGCUGAUAAAAUUAA